AUGUCGAAGCUCGCAGAGAAAAUUCCACCGAUAGGUGCGCUCGUUUUUGGACUCAUUUCUCUUAUCAUCUGCGCCACUGCAGCGGGGACGAAAAAUACGCUUUUCAUACCUUUGGUGGUCUGCCUCGUUUUGGGCUGCAUCGUCGCCGCCGCCGCGCUUUUCGUCUACUUCAGGCAACAGCGACGCCAAGCCGAUUUGGCAGAUGAUUCGAACUUUUUCGAAACCUAUGGAUACCUUAUUCUGACCAUCGGAACAGCUGUAUUCUACUUGAUCGGGUUAAUUCUAUUCAUCGUGACGAAAAUCAAAGGAGGACUGUCCCUCGGCGACACAUACAAAACCGAACACAUCGAGCUCGACAAACUGCUCACUGACUUGGGAAUUGGAACAUGCGAUAGUCUUAGUCCGACCCAUUCUUACUGCAAUGGACAUAAGCAGCAGUGCCAGGAGUUCUUUCUUAAAUGCAUCGAGAAAUCAGAAGUUGCUCAUGCAGAAGCUUGGGUCUCACUCGUGUUCGCCAUUUUCGCCUUCGUUUUCGCCAUGCUCUCGGUCUUCUGCGCCUUCAGAGCGCGCAAAAAUGAGGAAGAAUACGGAACUUACCAGCCAACAACUGCGCCAAGAGGUGGAAACACGACCAUAAACUCGGACUAUGUUCCUGGAGACAAUAGAAUGCAAUCGCCACUGGUUUAG